AUGUGUACAUAUCACAAGGAGCGUGGCCACUACCCUACGCAAUGCCCACCUUUUAAACGGUAUCUAGAAGAGCUUGCAGUAGCUGGGCAUCUAAAUCAGUGGAUUGACGUUCGGCGAAGUCCACUUCCACCACCUUCACCGAUUAUCGGCAACCUCGUAAGCGUUAUACAGGGACUGGUUUUCGAAAAAAGGGCAGCCGAGCUUCGUUUAGAAAUCGACAAAGCCAUCACCUUUUUACCCGUUUGCAACAUUGGCAUUUCAGGAAAGCGAAAAUGGGAAGAUCCGAGCUUCGGCAACCCUAUUACUUUUUCAUCCGACGACUUGAAAGGCGUGCAACUCCCUCAUACGGACGCCCUCGUUGUUACAGUUGCUAUUGAUAAGUCAACUGUUCAACGGGUAUUGAUAGAUCAAGGAAGCUCGGCGGACGUAAUGUUCUAUUCGACAUUCCUGAGCCUCGAAUUAUCUCCCACUCAACUUCGGACGGCGUCUACUCCCCUCGUCAGUUUUACUGGAGCCCCGGUUUGGCCACUCGGCUUAAUCUCUCUCCCCGUGCGGGCUGGAUCACGGGUUCUUGAGAUCGAGUUUGUGGUGGUCGCUUUUCCCAGCCCAUACAACGUAAUACUCGGCCGAACCUGGCUGCACGAGAUGAAAGCAGUUGCUUCUACCUUUCACCAGGUGGUAAAAUUUAUUGGAUGGAAUGGUCGCCAGGAAAGCCUCUGA